CGCAGCAAAGGAAGACAGACAGGCUGAUACGCGGUCAGGCUGACCAGACAGACAGCGGUCAGCGAAGACAACAACCAACGGUAUAAUCAAUUGCUGAAUCAAACAAACAAUAUAAAACGCCGAGAGGGAGUAGACUGAGCAAGGAGGGCUGGCCACACAACCAAGGAGGGAGAGAAAGUAGGGACAACGUGUUCUGAAGCGAGAGCGAGCGAAUCCAAGCGAACGCCAUGCCCAGUACAGCGGGCAGCGCAGCUAGCGUCGGCGUUGGGGCGUUGAUCAACAGCGCCGGCAGCAGCGCCAGCAUGAGCAUCGGUGCUGGCGCCGGCGCUGGUGUCGCGAUUGGCGGCAGCAGCACCGCAGCCAGUGCCGGCAGUAGCGCAGUUGCCGCAGCAUCGGCUGGCACCCUCAUAGCACAAAGCACGGCAGGCACAAGCGCCGCCAGCGGCACCAUCACCUGGGACAACAAUGGCACCCUGCGCUCCUUAAAUCCCGGUGACUGGUCUAUCGAACAGUGCCUCAUCUGGCAACAGCCGCAUCAUCUCUACUUUCAGCUGGGCUGGGCCUUCCUCUUUCUGGCGUUUCUGGCUCCCCAUGGACCCUUCGGUUCGCUGUGGAUGCGCGCCACUAUGCUCAUCGGCUGCAUUAUGAUAGGCAUGUACGGUUACCUGAUAGAGUGCACUCCGGACGUGGUGCUCUGGUCUGGCCUUGGCGUUGGCAUUAACUUCAUCUAUCUAAUCGUGGUGCUCUGUCGGCUGCGUCCAGUGCGCUUCGAUCAGGAAAUUGAAGCGGUAAGUAAGCAUUCGAAUUGUGUUUCGUUUUCCAACACUUAUCGACCAAUAAAUUUCAAUGAAGAGUAUCGGACAAAAUAG